AUGACAAUAUGCGGAAGUAAAAACUUGAACACGUACAUUGUAGAGCAAAAUUAUUCUAAAAAUAACAGAACGUUUUGUGAAACAGACAAUACUGGUAUAGCGGGAGAAAUUCCAAACAAACUAUUCACGUGUUUAGAAAAGCUCAAAGUAUUAUAUCUAAGCAAAAAUAAAAUAACCCAUGUUCCUAACUUCUGCAAUUCAUUCGGAAAAAGCAGUGUUCCAAAUUUAGAAGAACUGCAUCUGCAAUUCACGUCUAUCUCAAAAUUACAAAAUAAAUCAUUGAUAUGUCUGUCAUCCCUUAGAGUCUUAGACUUGGGAAAUAAUCUUUUGAGGGAUAUUCCCGUGUUUUGUGGAAAUAAACUUAGUGGUUGGAAUGUUUCUGUUUUCAAAAACCUCUCAAAUCUCGUUAGCUUGAGACUAGAUAAUAAUAGGAUUUCUACUUUAAACAAAACAUCUAUACCGCCAGACAUCCUGAAUAAUCUCCAGACCCUUACUCUUGCCUACAACCCCUUUGAUUGUGGAUGUGAUUUGAUUUGGUUUAAGAACUGGUGCCAAGAAACAAAUGUGACACUUUUGAAUUUUCCGGACAGGUAUGCUUGUACGACGCCUCCCAAGAUGCUUCGGAAGCCGAUACUGACUCUAAGUCUUACCCCAGAAGACUGCAAAGAGAAAAACCCAUGGAUUGUUAUCGUUAUAUCAACUUCAGCAUCGGCGAUUUUUCUUAUUAUUGUUUCCAUUAUGAUUUCCGUGAAUUUGCCAACUAUCAAAAAUGUUAUAUACUAUUACCGUUUAAAAAGUAGGGGAUAUGUUAGACUUCUAAAUGAGCAAGAAUUCAAAUAUGAUGCAUAUGUUGUAUAUUGUGAAGCAGAUGAGAAAUGGGUUUUGCGAAAGCUUGUUCCACAGUUGGAAGCCAGAGAAAUAAGAUUGUGCAUUCCUGAUCGAGAAUUCGUAGUUGGUGCAGAGAGAUGCAGCGAAAUAGAAGAUGCUUUCAAGGAGAGUAAGAAAAUAUUAGUGGUGUUAUCAAAUGAAUUUGUGAAGAAUGAAUGGUGCCUUUGGCAAAACAAUCUUGUGGAAGAAAGAAUAAGACAGCGUGGAGAAUCUACUGUCGUGUUUUUGUUAUUUAAAACCAUCAAUAGCAAAAACAUGAUUUCGUCUGUGCACAGAACUCUUAAAAAAAGAUCAGUUAUAACUUGGAAUGAAGGUAGCGCCUUGGAAUCAAUGUUUUGGAAGGUGGUUUUACUAGCAUUAGAAGCACCAUUUGGCGAACCACCCUUGUCUGUACUCGAGGAAUAG